UAGAACAUACCAAUAUAGACAGAAAAGUAAACUGACGUUAUUUAUUCCUCACAGCCCAACAGCUGGUGAUUUUAUAAUAUUAAGCACAAAAUUAGUUCACAAGAUUAGUGAAAGCAUAAAUGCGCACACAUGGCUGAUGGCGAAAGAUGAUGGAACAAAAUAGGAGUUUGUUUGAAAAUAUAUGUAAAAUUAUUUUCAAUUUAAAUUCAACAAAACAAAUUUAUGUAUGUACAUAUAUCAAAUUGAAAUUCAUAAAGCAAACAGAAUUAGAUAUGCAAAGUUGAACCUUUUAGCAAUGUAAUUAAUUUUUUUACGCAAUAUGUGGAGUGCUCUCCUGGCUGGGCAGCGCAGGCUCAGUUAAACGUUCGCCACAUUAAUAAGAAGGCGAUUCUAUUCACUUGUAACUCAGUUGAUAAGCAGAAGCUGAAGCGAAAACUAUGUUGGCGGAUAGUGCAACUUUCACUUUAGCUAUCUUUUUGGGAACGUCUGUGGUGCUUGUUUUUUCUUCAAGUUUGUCGGAAGUUAACCCAAUUAACAGCGGAUCUUUCGCGACGCCUUUGGGAUGCCACCGUCGGGUAUAUACAUAUAAAGUGACACAGUCCGAUCUUCAAGGACACGAGUGUUGGGACUAUGUAAGCGUUUGGUCUUGUUGGGGACGAUGUGACUCAAGCGAAAUUUCCGAUUGGAAGUUCCCUUACAAGCGGUCGUUCCAUCCUGUCUGUGUCCAUGCUCAGCGGCAGCCAGUUGUAGCUAUCCUAAAGAAUUGUCACCCUAAAGCAAAAGACAGCGUAAGCAAGUACCAGUACAUGGAAGCAGUGAACUGCCAUUGCCAGACGUGCUCCACGCAGGAUACUAGCUGCGAGGCUCCGGCCAAUAAUGAAAUGGCUGGGGGUAGCAAGGCAAUAAUGGUAGGUGCCGAUACCAAAAACUUGGACUAUUAAGGCGAGUAUGGUUCCUUACUAAAUUGUGUAGGGUAAUGUGAUGGCUUUAUCUGCAAAAAUGCUUAAUAUAAAACAACUCAAUAAAUCAAAAUAAAAUUAAAA